AUGGGGAGAAAUGGAACACCGGAGAAAUUUUUCAAGGACAGAAUGAGCAAAUACUCACAAGAAGUGUUCAAAACCUCAUUACUUUGCGAACAGAUUGCUGUUUUUUGUGGACCUGCAGCAAACAAAUUUGUGUUCUCAAAUGAGAACAAGCUUGUAGCCCUUUCUUGGCCUAGUAGCGCCAAGAAAAUCUUCCCAUCUUCCAAUUCCUCAACAAAACUUCGUGCUGUGGCUUUAACGCUUCUAAAACCUGAUAAUCUUCACAAAUAUGUUGCGAUUGUCGACUCCAUUGCAAAAAGCCACUUAGAAACUCAAUGGAAUUUUCAGAAAGAAGUUAAUGUUUUAUCACUUGUGAGGCAAUUCGAUUUCACUGCAGCAUGUCGACUGUUUUUGAGCAUUAAUGAUCCACACCAACUCGAAGAUUGUGCCAAGCCAUUUGAAGUCAUGGCUGCUGGAAUUUUUACCCUUCCUAUAAAUCUACCGGGAAGCUCAUAUAAUCGUGGUAUUAAAGCUGCGAAUUCAGUAAGACAGAAGCUGUUAGGAAUUAUAAAGCAAAGGAAGGGUGAGGUGAUGGAUAAACAACUAGUACAUGACGAGGAUCUUUUAUCACUAUUCUUAACCAAGCCAGAUGAGAAUGGAAAAUUCAUGAGUGAACCAGAAAUUGCUGAUCACUUGCUUGCUGCACUUCUUGCCAGCCAGGAUUCCACCACUGCAUCCAUCACUUUUACAAUGAAAUAUCUUGCUGAAUUUCCUGAUAUCUAUGAUGAAGUCCUCAAAGGUACAAGUGUUUUCUUUUUUUCAUUUACAUUUUCUUUAUCAGAGAGAGUAUUUGUUACAAUUGCAAAAAUGAAUUGGACUCAUCAAAUUAUUGUUUCAAUUUACCAAGAACAAAGAAGCAUUGCGCAAGAGAAAAUCCCCGGGAGCCACUGA